GUUCUUUUGUGCCUAUGUGCUCUCCACUUGGAUUAAACAUUUCUGCAUCUUGAUAUGAAUUUUAAAAUGCAUUUUCCACCACUUGUGGCUCUGAUGAUGAUCAGCUUCAGUCAGCUUCUUAUUUAUGGGACGACUAUCAACAUCAAGUUUUUCCCAUGUGAUGCUGAUAUGAAUUCUACAAUAGUGGACUGCUCUGACAGACCACUCAAAUCCACCCCCCACAUCAAGGCUAACUCUGUGUUGCUAGUCAAUUUGAGUCUGACUAGGAUACAGUAUGUGGGCCCAGAUGCCUUCACUGGUGUUCCAAACCUUAACAUUCUGAAAUUAAUGGGUAACUGUCAACCAGGUAGGCUGAGAGCUCCAGAGAACCCUUCAUGCAAAAUGAAGAUCCACCCUGAUGCUUUUAAAAGCCUGCAAAAUCUUACAUCCCUGUAUCUGUCAGGAAACAGUCUCACUUCCAUUCCACUGUUACCUGAAAGCCUGCAGGUGCUUGAUCUACAGAAUAACUGCAUUGUCAGGAUUGCUGCCCCUCUAAACACUCCAAAUCUUGAAACACUUUUGCUUUCCAAGAACUGCUUUUAUGCAAACCCUUGUGACCAGUCCUUUUACAUUAAUGAGACCGUUUUAACAGAGCUCUCUAAACUCAAAGAACUUACUUUAGGAUAUAACAACUUGACAGCUGUUCCUAAAGGACUGCCAUCCUCACUGAAGAAACUGGAUUUAAGAGAAAAUACAAUCACCGAGGUCUUAGAAGGAGCAUUUGCCAACCUAACUGCCCUUGAAUACCUGAAUUUAGAGUGGAAUUGUCAGCGCUGUGACCAUGCGGCAAGGCCUUGCUUUCCAUGCCCACAAAAUGCAUCUCUCCUUUUCUAUCCAAACUCCCUUUAUGCCAAGAACAGCUCCAUCACCUUCCUAAGCCUAAGGGGAAAUUCUAUGAAUUCAUUUCCAGAGGGCCUUUUCAGACCACUGAAGAAUUUAAAGGGACUGGACCUCUCUGACAACUUCCUGGCAUAUGCUAUACGAAAUGGCACCUUCUUUGGAGAGCUGACAGGCCUCACUUGGAUCAGCCUCAUCUAUAACUACGAACCACUAAAGACAUUUCCAGAAUUGGUCCUCUCCCCUGAUAUGGAAAAGAUACGUGGACUUCAAAAUCUCCUGCUGAGCGGUAAUUUUUUCCACAAACUUUCAGGAGAAAGUUUUAAAGUUCUGUCCAAACUUCAAAAUCUGACAAAGCUUGAGCUGAGGAUGAACUUCAUUAAUGAAUGCAACAUGACUUCUUUGAAGCAGUUACCUUUUCUCACUGAUGUAGAUCUCUCCCAAAACAUGCUUAGUUUUCUUCCACCCUGGCCAAACCCAUCAACUGUGGGAAAGGACAACUUACAGAGCCAGAACGUGUAUACAGACACUCUUCAGGACCACCCUCCUAUUAUAAUAGACAGAGAAACAAUGUUUUCAAGUGACAAUUGGGAAUCCAGCCAGUCAGAUAACCUGGAAACAACAGUGGACAGUGAAUGUCAAAUCCCACCACCGUGGUAUUUUAAGAAUAAGUUUUGCAAAGACAAGAAGACAUUUGACUUGUCUCAAAAUGACAUUGUGAGACUUCAUGAAAAAAUGUUAAUAGGAUUAGAAAAUUCAGUUUGUUUAGAUCUUUCUUACAACUAUAUGAGCCAGACAUUGAGGGGAGGGGUGUUUAGAAACAUGAAGAAUUUAGUGUUUCUGAAUAUGUCUUACAAUAGGCUUGAUCUUUAUCACGACAAUGCCUUCAGUGAACUCAAAUCCACUCUGAAGGUAUUAGAUGUUAGUAACAACGACUUUCAUUUCAAAAUGAGGGGCAUGGGCCAUCGUUUUGAGUUCCUUCAUAAUCUGACAAACUUAAAAGUGCUAAGCCUGGCAAACAAUGGCAUUGGGAUGCGAAUAGAUCAAUGGCUGAUCAGCAGUUCUUUGGAAUACUUCUACUUUAGUGGAAAUAACCUAGACAUAAUGUGGGGAUCUGAUAACAAUAAGUACACCCAUUUCUUCCAGAACCUAACAGCGCUCAACUACCUUGACAUCUCUAAUAAUCAUUUGAAGUCAGUGACACCAGAAGUGCUGUGUAACUUCCCAAUAAGCAUUAAGGCCCUCAGCAUCAGCAGCAAUUUGCUCAAGUAUUUCCCCUGGAGAAACAUCUCAGCACUUAGCAAUUUAUGUCACCUGGACCUGAGUCGAAACUUCCUGACUGAUUUGCCGGAUGAAGCCAUAGAAUUUGGAGCCAGCUUUUCCCUUCUGGAUCUCAGUCACAAUUACCUUACUGAUAUUCCUGAGAAUUUCUUCAGUGAGGCAAAGUCACUACAAUAUCUGUAUCUCAGCCACAAUCAGAUCAAAGAGCUGAACCAUCAGCGUCUCCCUGCACCUUUUAAAAGUGGCAGUGUCCUUCAAAAACUCACCCUGCAUGACAACCCCUUCAAAUGCGACUGUGAUACAUCCUGGUUUGCUGACUUCUUGCGGACUACUUCAGUACAAAUUCCUCAAAUGACCACUCAUAUUCGCUGUGAAUUCCCAGAGUCUCAACAGGGGGAGCGGGUGCUGUCAAUGGACCAGCGAUCCUGCCAGGACAUAUAUGGUAGCUUAGCCUUUGUCAUCUGUUCCUUCUUGGCUGUGACGUUUACUGUCCUUCCUCUGCUGCAACAUCUCUAUGGCUGGGAUGUGUGGUACUGCCUUCAGGUGCUGUGGGCAGGACAUAAAGGCUACUCGCAGCUGGCUGGUAGAGACUCAUGUCAUCACUAUGAUGCUUUUGUGGUGUUUGAUACCAAGAACCACGCUGUGAGGGAUUGGGUUUACAAAGAGUUGACUGUCAAUCUGGAGAACUGCGGCCACAGGAGAUUUAGUCUCUGCUUGGAAGAACGGGACUGGAUUCCUGGACUUUCUUGUAUUGACAAUCUACAUAAUGCUGUGCACAGCAGUGUGAAGACAGUGUUUGUGCUGUCCAGGGGGGCAGAUGGAAGCGAGAUGGUAAACGGUGUGAUCCGCCAGGCUUUCUUCAUGGUACAGCAGAGGCUUCUCGAUGAGAAGGUGGAUGCAGCUGUGCUGGUUCUGCUAGAUGAGAUGUUCCCAAAACUGAAGUACCUUCAGCUGAGGAAGAGGUUGUGCAGAAAGUCUGUGUUGUCCUGGCCAAAAAACCCAAGGGUUCAACCAAUUUUCUGGAAUCGAAUGAGAAUGGCAUUGUCAUCAGAUAACCUCAAAUUUUAUGACAACAAAAUGAGUGAAAGUUUUAUAUGAUGUCCUUUUAAUGGAGAACUAAUGAGUGGAAUUCCUCCCUUCUGACAUGACCUCAUUUUGACAAAGUGACCAUUCUAUAGAUAUGUACAUUUCUUUAUAUAAAUUAUUUUGUUGUAUGCCUGUAUAGUUCACUUUUACAGAUUGUUAUAUUUUAUGAUGCAGAUAUCAGAGAGACAUGAUAAGAAAAGCACUGGUGUGAUGUCUCAGUGUUAUUAAAUCUCUUAAAAAAAAAGACAACCUCUGUUAAGUGGACCUCAGUUAUCAUAAAUACUUCUGUGCCUAUCUGUUAUCACAUGCCAAAAAUUAAAGCUGUUAAAAAUGUG